CGAGCCCCUCGCCCUGCCUCCGCCGCGGGUUCCGCUGUCCCGCCGCUCCUGCUCCCCGCGUCCCGCCUUGGGCUCCCGCAGCCGCCGCCCCAGCCCGGCCCGGCUCCCGACCCCGCUCCGCUCCCCGACAGCCGCGCAGCACGAAGAUGGCGGCGUUCAAAUUCCUCCUGCCGCCCCUCGGCCGCCGCAUCCUCCUCCCCGCCGCACGCAGGGCUGAGAUCUGUGGAUGCUAUUUUUCUACCAGCUGUCAUCGCAAUACAAAAUUUUACACUGAUCCUGUUGAAGCUGUAAAAGAUAUACCCAAUGGGGCAACUAUACUUGUUGGUGGUUUUGGAUUGUGUGGGAUUCCUGAAAACCUCAUUGGGGGUUUACUGAAGACUGGGGUAAAGGGAAUAACAGCAGUCAGUAACAAUGCAGGUGUUGACAAUUUUGGACUUGGUCUUCUGCUUCAGACAAAGCAGAUAAAGCGCAUGGUGUCAUCGUAUGUUGGAGAGAACGCUGAAUUCGAACGCCAGUAUUUGUCUGGUGAGCUUGAAGUUGAGCUUACACCACAGGGUACACUUGCUGAACGUAUUAGAGCAGGAGGAGCAGGAAUCCCAGCAUUUUACACCAGUACUGGCUAUGGGACACUGGUGCAGGAAGGGGGUGCACCCAUCAAAUACAACACAGAUGGAACCAUUGCCAUUGCUAGCCAGCCAAGAGAGGUGAGGGAGUUUGAUGGCCGUCACUUUAUUCUAGAGAAAUCUAUUACAGGAGAUUUUGCUCUUGUGAAGGCAUGGAAGGCUGAUCGUGCAGGAAACAUAAUUUUCAGGAAAACUGCAAGAAACUUCAACCAGCCUAUGUGCAAAGCUGCAAAAACAACUGUAGUAGAGGUAGAAGAAAUUGUUGAUAUAGGAGCAUUUGCCCCAGAAGACAUUCAUGUUCCCAAAAUCUAUGUUGAUCGUCUGUUACAAGGAGAGAAGUUUGAGAAGAGAAUUGAACGCUUAUCAAUCCGAAAGCCUGAAGACUCAACAGGCAAACAAAAAAAAGGAGACAAUGUGAGGGAGAGGAUCAUCAAACGGGCUGCAUUAGAGUUUGAGGAUGGCAUGUAUGCUAAUCUGGGUAUUGGAAUCCCACUGUUGGCCAGUAACUUCAUCAGUCCAGACAUAACUGUUCAUUUACAGAGUGAAAAUGGAGUCCUGGGUUUGGGUCCUUAUCCACUUGAAAAUGAAGUCGAUCCAGAUCUGAUUAAUGCAGGUAAGGAGACAGUCACUGUUCUUCCAGGUUCUUCGUAUUUCUCUAGCGAUGAAUCAUUUGCAAUGAUAAGAGGAGGCCAUGUUGAUUUGACAAUGCUUGGAGCUAUGCAGGUGUCUAAGUACGGUGACCUGGCCAACUGGAUGAUUCCUGGUAAGAUGGUGAAAGGAAUGGGGGGUGCAAUGGACCUGGUAUCCAGUGCGCAGACCAAAGUGGUUGUCACCAUGGAACACUCAGCCAAGGGAAAUGUCCAUAAAAUCCUGGAAAAAUGCAGUUUACCACUUACUGGGAAACAGUGUGUUGACCGCAUCAUUACAGAAAAGGCGGUGUUUGAUGUGGACAAGAAGAAGGGAUUGACCCUCAUAGAAAUCUGGGAAGGACUGACAGUAGAUGAUAUCAAGAAAAGCACUGGCUGUGACUUUGCAGUUUCACCGAAACUAAUACCAAUGAGACAGAUUUAACUGCGAAUUACAGACUGGGCUUAAUUCACAAGAAGGCUUGUUUCCAAAUGGAAUUAAUCGAUGACUGUCUUGCAAUGUUACCUUUUUUUUUUUUUUCUUUUUUUCUUUUUUUUUUUUUUUUAAGGGUUCUUUAAGUAGUUUCCAGAUAGUUAAACUCAGGCUGUGACUAUAUGCCUAAUUGUAUUCUGCUUUCAUAACAUUACCAACUUUAAUGGAAUGGUGAAUAUAUUGUCUAAGUUUUGAAUCAUGUUAAAGUAAAAUGUUAAUGAUUGUUGUAAAAAAGAAAAAAAUGCCUUGUAGUUUCUCUGCCAAAUACUAGGGUUUUUUUACACAGAAUUAGAAAAAAAAUCCUGCAAAACUUAUGAUUGCCUCUUUGUUUGCUGAUAUCUGUUGCUCUGGAAUUAUAGCACUUACCAUGUCCAUUCUCCUGUGGGUCUUUCUUUUCUGGAGUGGCUAUAACAAGUAAAUGUAUCUGUAGAGAGAUAUUGGGAAUAUGGACGUUCCUUUUCCUGAACCUUUUCAUCAGUCUGUAACAAAAUUGUUUGAAGUAGUGGAAAUAAUUGGGACCUAAAUAUAUCUGCUGUUUCCACAAUGUGUGUCUGUUGGUACUGAGAGGCCUACACCUCCCAAAGUCCAACUGUGACCCUUCAUAUUUCAGUCAUACAAACUAGAAUGGGGCUAGUGUGAAGGAGGAAGAUGAAAAAAAAAAGUGUCUGUCCUCAUGCAGACAACCUGUAGCUGAUAGCUGCACUGAUAGCUUAAAUUUCCCACGUGAACUGCUCUUAUUAUCCAGAUAAAGUGCUUCUCUUCAGCUCCCAGUCAAAGGCAAAUGAACAUAGUUUCUGGAGUUAGGUCUGUCCUUCCAGUGUCUCAUAGAGAAACAGGGGAUGAGAAGGUUGUGUACACUGAAGAGUCUUCUGAAGGGAAUACAGAUGGUUAAGGGUAAAAGCAAUAUGCACCACUUGUCAGUCAAGGCGCCAGAAAAAUCUAAAGAGUUUGGAACCCAAUUUCAUCAUAUCUUGAGACAAUCAAAAUGAAAAGACAUUAUCUUAGAAUCGUUUUGAUGAAGGCCUUAUUUUCCCUGUUAAUUACAAAAUCAUUUUCAUAUUUUGUUACUUUUGCAAACAGAUAAUAUAACAGUUUUGGAUCUCAAAUAGCAAAUCAGUACAAUAUGUCUUUAUUAUACAGAGCAUGAAUUGACUGGAAAUCAACAUUUACUAAAAUACAAUGUUCUCUCCAAUAUAAUGGUUUCUGUCAUUUAUAUAAAUAGGAACAUGUAAAACACUUAAGUUAAAAUAAUUCCUGACAUAAUGUGUGACAUCAGGACUGGAGCAUAUUAAGUGGCUGAAAAACAAGUAAAAUGUAGAUGCACAAGAAGUUUACAUAAUGCCUAUCACACAUGUAAUAAGCAUGUUUAGCACAUGACAUAGAAAAGCACUCUAAUGCUGAGUAAAUAAGGGAUUCACCAUAGUCAAUGUGUGUAAUGGAAGGAAUGUACCACAUUUCUUGGGCAACCAGACAGAAUAUCGUGCAAUAUUUAGCUUUUGUACUAUCCUUUGUACAGCAUUUUUCCAUUCUAAAAUAUGAAAUGCUUCUCUUUCAUGGAAACAGCUACAAAAUUUGUCUUGAUCCACGCAUGGGUUUUACAGCAGUGAAACUGCUUCAAUUGGAGGUGUUAUAUUGUAUAGUUGCACUUACCCUAAACAGUUCUUUUGAUAAUCUCUUGUCAAUACCAUAACAAACUACCCUUCAUCCCAGAAAGAAAUAAACAAAAUGCCUUUGUAAACACCAUUAUGCCAGUACAAAAGUAUUCCCAUAAUACUAAACUGUGACUUGAACUCAUGGCUGCUAGUGGGUGGUAGGCCAUUGUGUAGCCUGAAUCUAUAGGCAAGACCUGAUGCUGACUGUGGGAAAGAAAUGUGUUGUACAAAGACCAGUGCUAAUUUCAUGAUUAAUGUAUACAAGCGAUUGGUUGAUAGGUAAUUGUCAUCAAAGACUUUAAACUACAUUUAUCAUAGUGCUCCAAGAUAUCUUAACACAGCAUGUUUAUUUUCAUGUUUUCUCCGUUUAGGCUAUUUAGAUGUAUUCGCUGUGUUACUCACUCAUUCCACUCAAGUUGAGUUUGACCAUUUUUUUUCCUGUGGAGGAAAAAAAUGGUCAAACUCGAGUUGAGUCUGCAAGCAGACUCAAGUUCUGCUUGCAGAGGUUUUGAAGAUUAAAAACCUGUAUAUAAUAAAACCUGACUAUUUUAGCUCACUGUAAACAGUUUCACUUCUGAAUAGAGCAGCCCAGAGGCCUCUUCCCUAAUCCAUGAAGGCACUUCAGUAUCAAUUCUGACCCUUGUGGCGGUGUAUACAGCAGAAGGUGCCUGUCUUUACCUUCUGAAGAGCUACUCUGAGGGAAUGGGUGUAGUCCCUGAAAGCAUUUUAUUAAUCUUGACUCAAAGCUCUUGUAUAGAGUACCCAAAAUGGACGAUGGUUUUAGGGGAGAAUUAUAAAAACUAUUGUACAGGGGAGGGCAGUUACUGUUAACUUAUCCAGAGGAAAAUAACCCCACAAAACCAAAAAGACCAAAGAACACAAACAUUUAAAUAGAUGGGCAAGUCUUUAAGAAAGCUGUAAAUGAAAAUGUUGAUCUAUUGCAAUUAUCUCUGCUACAUUAGUUGUAGAACUGAUUAGUUAAUUCCAGUAAACAUUUACACAUCUAUGAAAUACAGAAGUGUCUGAGGGCUGGAUCAGGUGUAUACUGCUUCUGCCAUAGAACUUCGCUUUGCUGGUACACGCACAGAAGCUAUUACUGUCAUUAAUACUUGGCUAUAAAAAGACUAAUGACCUGUUAAUGGCUGGGAGCACCUUGGUUUCUGAACCAAAGGAUUAGGACCCAAGAACUCCUGCUUUCCAGUGGUUCUCUUACUGCCUUGUGGAAUGACAGCUGUGUUCUCUGCCUUGUCUCCUGUUGCUGGAAAAGGGGAUGUUUUUCUUCCUACCUCACAGGGAUGUUGUGAGGAAUUAGAAGCUAAGGUCUGUGCAAGAGGUUCUCUUCAACCUGGGGAUCACAUUGAUCAAGAGUGUGGAAGAGUACUUGAAGACUGUCAUACGUGCUGUACAUUUGAGUUCUGUGUCUUAUUUGUGUCAGUGUUAAUGCAAGAGAGCAGAAGUACAUGGUGCUGAAAAUUGGGGAUAAAAGGAGAACAGGCUCUCUCCAUAUACAGCAAUGAUGCUGUAGCAACAGGAGACAAGAUAUGUAUGUCGCACAUGAAUUUUUGUAUCUUGAGGACAAAAGAUUGUGUUAAAAUAUUGGUAUUGUUAUGAAAAUGUCAUGAGUUCGCACAAGAUAAUUGCAACAAGCUUUGAAUCUAUUUUUAAAAUUCGUUUGUUAGGCAAAAUAAAAAUUAAAGCACUCCUAAGUAUUUCCCUCUCUGUGGGCACAAGUGUAGUUCACAGGUAAGGUAUACUCUGAGCAGUAGUUGGAGUUGUUGGUAUGGCAGGGAUUAAGGUUUAUUGGGACUGAAAUCAUUCCCUGCUUGACAGCACUUCACAAACAAGGACAGUUGAUACUCUUUGUCCUGAAUAAGAUGAUGAUUCUACUAUAUUAUCACAUUGGACUCUACUUUAUAUUUUAUUGAUUUCUUGUCCCUGAAAAAAGGAAAAAAAUGUAGAAAACAUAGCUGUGCUGUAAACUCUGCAAAAAUCAAAGUCCUUCCUAUGUGCAAAAACAAUCAAUAAAGUAAAGGUUUAAAAAUCACAA